AUGAAGGGAGAAGAGAGGGAGGCAGAAAAUUACGUUAGAAACAAAGUACGUUUUUUUUGGCACAUUUCUGAUAUCCAUUACGAUAUUAAUUAUUCGUUGAAUGGAGAUUCCAGAAAACGUAAAAAAGAUUCGAUAGGAUCACCGAUAAAACCCAUGGGAAUGUAUGGAGAUUAUCAAUGCGAUUCACCGUGGGCACUCGUUGAAUCCGCGGUACACACAAUGAAAAGUAAACAUGGCGACGUUGAUUUUAUACUUUGGACGGGGGACGGAUUGACACAUUUCGGAGGCGGUCAUCUUACCAGACAACAACUACAAACAUUACAAAACGUCACGGAUCUAUUACGUCACACGUUUGUGAGUCAAUUUGUUUUUCCGGUAUUGGGAAGAGAAGAUUCUCCAGAUCCCGUACGAAGAUUUAAACACAUUGAUAAAGGUUAUAGAGAAUUAGCGGAUUUGUGGCGUCAUUGGUUACCGACGGAAGCCAUUCAAACUUUUACCAAAGGAGGUUAUUAUACAAUCGAACAAAAAGAAAGAAAACUUCGUCUUGUUGCAUUAAAUACAAAUCUUUUUUCGGGAUCAGCUGGUCCAGAUGAAGAUCCUGGAGGCCAAUGGUCUUGGUUGGAAUCCGUCCUUGCAAAAUCUAGUAAAAAUCGUGAAACGGUAUAUUUAGUCGGUCACAUACCACCGGGUGUUGACGAACGUCAAGGUGGAGGAUUACCACCUUCUCAAUUUGCUUAUCAGCACAGAUUUAACAGAAAAUAUCUUCAGUUGGUACGAAAAUAUUCAGAAACGAUCGUCGGACAAUUUUUCGGUCAUUUACAUUCGGACACUUUUCGAAUCGUUUACAGCGACACAGGAGUUCCAGUAUCUUGGAUGUUUUUAUCACCGGCGGUUAGUCCAAAGAGAACGACCACACUACCCAACAAUCCAGGUCUUAGAUUAUAUAAAUUCAAUACGAACACAGGAAAAGUUUUAGAUUACAUGCAAAUUUAUUUAGAUUUAAAAGCAACCCAUGCAAGAGGAACACCCAAUUGGGAAGUCGAAUAUAAUUUUACGCAUUAUUAUGGUUUAAACGAAAUAUCGGCUAUAUCGUUACACGAUUUAGUCGAAAGUUUCAGAACAGAAGAUUCCGAACUAUUCAUUAAGUAUUUCAGAGCUAAUUCCGUGCGAUAUCUUCCAUCGCCGAAAGAAGGAAAAUGUUUUUCUAAUUGUUUACACAAUCAUUUUUGUGCCAUCACGAGAUUAGAUUAUCAAGAUUUUGAAAGAUGCGUCGAAACGACAGCAUCCGCAUUAGCAUCCGCCGUUUCUUUUCUUAAUUUCAAUUCCAACAGGUUAAUUCAAACGUUCAUAACAACUUUACUCGUCGUUUAUGUAUUUUUUUUAAACGGUGUCUACAACACGGCACGUCCAUUUUCAUUUUCUUGA